AUGUUAGUAACAUAUAAUGGCCAUGUUGAUGACAAUUCAAUAAAUAACCAAAUAAUUGAAAAUAAUGUUCAAACAGAUGAUUUAAAUAAUUCUUUUGAUAAUCAUAAAGAUCAAAUUGAAUUAAAAUCAUAUAAAGAAACAGAAAAUAUAGAAACAGAAAAUAUAGAAACAGAAAAUAAAGAAGUUGAAACAAUUAAUAAUGAAAUAAUUAAAAUUUCUCAAGAAAUUGAGAUUUCAAAAUCCCAAGAAAUUGAUAAAACAAAUAAUAAUAUUAAUGAACAAAAUAAUGAUAAUUUUGAAAUUCCAGAAAAAGAACUACAAGAAAUUGAAGCUUGUCCUUGUAAUAAAAACAUUAUCAUUAAUGAUAGUAAUAAUUACAAUGUUACUAUCAUUCAAAAUGAUGAUUCAAUUGUCAUAGAGAACUGUACAGAUUGUGGUGAUCAUAUUACUCCAAAAGAAGAAGAAGAAAAAGAAAAAGAAAAAGAAAAAGAAAAAGAAAAAGAAAAAGAAAAAGAAAAAGAAAAAGAAAAAGACUCAGAGGAAUCACUUCAAGAGCAAUGCCUUAAUAAAGAAAAUGAAAGUAUAGAUAAUGAUAAUAAUAAUAAUAUCAUCAACAACAACAACAAUGAUUCUAUUAUAAUUAUUAAAGAGUCCACAGAUGAUAAAAAAGAAAUUCCAUCAAUAGAAUGCAUUCAAAAUAAUCAAAAUAAUCAAAAUAAUAAUGAUUCUCCAAUUAACAAAGAAAUUGAAGAUGAUAAUAAUAAUAAUAUUGAAAAAGAUGGAGCCGAUAUUCAUAUUAAAGAAGAACAAGUAGAAAAAGUCCAAGUAGAGGAAAAAGAAGUGGAAGAAAUUCAAGUAAAGGAAAUGAAAAACAUCAAAAUGGUCAACCAAUAA